AUGGCCACAUGCUCUACCACAAAGUCGGCAUCGUCAAGCCAGGAGGUCUCUCUCAUCGCACGGGUCAAGGACGCUGCAGCCAAUGCCGCCGCAGAGACGUGCUCAGCGGCGAUGCUGCAAGCUUCGGCAACCUUCGGCACUGCCACAGCUCGGAGCACUCCGGCACCGGCUCCUCGCUCUGGGCUCGCCAUGGGGCGAUGCUCAGUCCGAGCGUCGACAUCACCUCGCAGCGUCCUCGGCGCCACGCGGGGAAUGAAAAUUGCCACCGCACGUCCCGUCAACGAUGGGAAGCAGGUUGACAUCCAGUUCGCAGAUGAGAGUGCCUACAGAUUCCACACUGCGUGGAUCAAGGAUUCCCACCCUAGUCUCAUCGGCAGCGACUUCUACCGCAAGUCCGCGCAAACCCUCUUCGAAAGCGACCAGUACACCGUCGACACGGCCGCGCCAAGCUCAGAUGGCUCCAAGUUGCAGGUCCACUUCAAGAAUGGAGUCCCCGGGAAUGCGGUGACCGAGGAGUACGUGUCAACCUGGCUGCACGCUUUUGCCCCUUAUGUGGGACAGCCCCUGAAUGACUCACAGGCAGCUCGGAGCUCAAACGCCGGGCUUCCGGGCACCGGCUCCUUGUUGGAAGACCUCUACCGCAAUCGAAAGCCCUGGGACAGCACUUUGGACAUGCCCCGGUUCGAUGGCCAGCAGAUGCUCAAGGACGAAGACAUGCAGAUUGAGUUCCUUGAGAGAAUGAUGGAUCCCGGGGUUGCUCUCGUUGAGAACAUUGGGAAGCCCGAGAGCUUUGACCAUGUCGACUGCGGCAAGCCGCUCGAGGACUUCGUCGCGCAAGUCGUCGGCCGAUUAAACCAGCAUCCCGUUCGGGCUACCCGAUUUGGCGUGAUUCACACUCAGGCUCGCGGGGAGCAGGCGGGCGCGGACUACGACCACAAGAACCCGCUUUCGAUGCAUACAGACCACUCCGUCUAUCACGGCACUCCUGGGUACCUCCAGUUUAUGUACCAGGCGAGAGGGUCGGUGAGAUCGAAGGUGGUGGAUGGCCUCAUGGUCGCCGAGUACCUUCGCAAGAACCACCCAGAAGACUACGAGCUGCUGACGAAGGUCAACCUCACUCACAGCAGCAGGAACAACAUCUAUGCGAAGAGCGGGGUCUACCGGCGUGAUGCCCAAGACGCCAACGACGCCGAGGGCUUCACCUUCGAGCUAGUGCACACUCACCCAGUGCUGACCUUGGACAAGGAUGGCCUCCUCGAGAAAGUCGUCCAGUCUGAGACAAAGCGAGGGGUGUCUGCACUGCCCUUUGAUGUCUACGACAGAUACAUGCAGGCCUACAAGAGGUGGACGGCUUUGUUGGAAGAGCCCAGGUUCAAGCGUUCCUUCGACUGGCCAGAGCACUCCAUGAUCGUGAUGAACAACUGGCGCAUUCUCCACAGCCGCGCGGAAGUGGACCCCGGUGUCCAGCGGACGAUGGUCUUUGCCUACGUCAUGAAGACCAUCUACGAGAAUCGCCAUCGUCUGCUGAAGCAACGGCAGGCAGAGAGAAAGAACCCCGACAUAAAUGACCGUUGGCUCUGCCGACUGCCGAAUCAGAUCCUGUCCUCGCUGGUGUAUAUGUUUGUGAAUAUGCUUGGGCUGGGCAUGUCUCAAGGGAUAGGCUUCAUGCAGCGUUUGGCAACGAAUGCGGUUGACCAGUGGGCGUUCCUCAUGAACAAGCUUGAGGGCGGACCCGGUUGUGAGCUGUGGUCAGCCGGUCGCGACAUGGCUCUGGCUGGUGGCUCCGUGGCCAAGGGGGAGAUUGGCGCUGCGCCGCCGGAGUUUCUGUCUGGACCGACGGGCACGACGUCCCAUCUGCCAACUGUCCUCGGGCAGGGUGGAAGUGCGUUGCAGGACGAACUCUUCGGGAUUUCUGGAUUGGGGAUGUUUCAGGCCCUCCUGCGUGGCCUCCCCUGGCGGCUCAUCCCGCGGCUGCUCGCGAGAGCGGCGGUCCCGACAGAAUUGUGGCGCACCGGCAUCCGCCCGUAUCGCGACCCACGCCACGCGGGAUCGGCCAUUGCCUUCGUGGUGCCAGAAGACGGCUUCCUGGUUGCAGGGGUUCCGAGAGAGGAGGUGUCGCGAGUGGCAGAGCUGACAGCAGAAGUGGCGGCCGUUGGAGAGGAGCCUCUUUCGGACCCCCUGACUCUGCUCCGCUUCCUUAGGGCACGCCACGGCAAUGUACCGGCAGCGGCCCACAUGUACCGCGAUACCCUUGCUUGGCGGUCGAGUUUCUCUAUCUCCUCUGUCAUGAAUGCCUUCGGCUCGGGGGGAGAGUACCACCGUGAUGGGGCCCGGGCGACUGAUACCUCGAAAUGGACCUGGGCUCCACGUCCCAGCACGCCGGAAUCCCGAAUGGCUGCUCGCCACGCUUUCUUUUGCAGAUUGCCGGCCGCAGAUAUGGAGGAGCCCGUGUUGAUUUGGCGUGCCGGAAGCGCAGACUACGCGGGCAUGGUCCGAGAAGGCCUGGUUGACGUGAUGAUCCAAGCAUUCGUCGCUCAUCUCGAGGACGCAUUUCAAGCCGUGCGAGCAGGCUCCUUGAGAAGCAAGAAGCUGCUAAAAGCACGGGUCAUUAUCGACUGCAAGGGGUUCGGCUUCGAGAACGUGCGCUACAUCCCAAUCCUCCGGAAGAUCAUCAUCAUGGCCACCUCGUACUUUCCAGAAAUCUCUGCUUCUGUGACCGUGGUGCGCGCCCCCAGCUUCCUAGCCACCUUCUACGGUCUUGUCCGACCACUUCUUCCGAAGAUGCUCCAGGACAAGGUGAGUAUCCUGGGGAACAACUUCGAGAAGGGUCUUUAUGAGCGCACUGGGCUGGAGAUGGACAGCUGGCCGACCUUUCUCGGCGGGACUGUGUCAGACUGUGUGAAGGAGGUCCAGCCCGUUCCUCCGAAUGCUUGGAGCUUGCUUCAUAAAUCGGAGAGCCUAGCCUAUGCGUGA